AUGGCGCUCGACGCUCUUUCUUUAGAUGGAAAGAUCGCCAUCAUUACUGGGUCAGGCAAAGAAAACGGCAUUGGUGCAGGCAUUGCUUCUACCCUUGCGCGCCACGGAGCCUGGGUGGCAAUAAACUAUGUGUCCGAAUCGACUGCGCCCCGUGCUGCGGAGGUAGCUAAGACGAUUGAGAAGGCUGGAGGCAGGGCCACUGUUGUACAGGCAGACUUAACGACUCCAGAGGGGGCGAGGAAACUUGUGGAAGCAACGCUGAAGGCUUUUCAGGUGGACAAGGUCGAUAUCCUAGUGAACAACGCGGGUGGAGGUCCCCUCGUCCCGGUGAUGCAAGCCACAAAAGAGGACGUGGAAAAGACCUUUGCGGUCAACGUCUUCGCUUCGCUGUACAUGACGCAAGCUGUGAUUUCUGUCAUGCCGCGAGGCGGACGCAUCAUCAACAUCGGCUCCAUUGCAUCGAAAAUGGGCAUGGCGCCCGUUCCGCUGUAUAGUGCAUCCAAAGCCGCUUUGGAUACGCUGUCAUAUGCCAUGGCCAUGGAGCUUGGACGCGGAUAUGCAGUCACAAUCAACACAAUAGCACCAGGACCUGUCCCAACAGACGGUCUGCCCAAGGGCUCGGUUGCUGACGCCCUGCACAACUUUCUCUUACCUCUGACGAGAGCCGAAGAGAGAAUGGGAACGGUUGACGAUAUCGCCGAUGUAGCGUUGCUCCUUGCCUCCGAGAAGAGUCGAUGGAUCACCGGCCAGUGUAUCUCAGCGAGUGGUGGAAUCACAGGAGGAUGA